AUGGCUCAUCACACCGCUGAGAUCCCUGCGGAACUCGACCUCACGCCGGGCACCAUUUUUCUCGAAGACGACGGCAGCAGUGCAGCCUUGCACGGAGUCAAAAGAACAGGGGAUGGCAUUGUCAUCUUACAUCCCCAGCCCUCGGCCGAUCCAAAUGAUCCCCUGAAUUGGCCUCGAUGGCAGAAAUGCCUCAAUUUUGCAAUUGUCUGUUAUUUUACAUUGAUUGUUUUCUCCAUUCUAUCGGUUCAGACAAUUACCUGGUCUGCUCUGAUCGAGGAGUUUGGUUAUAGCAUUACCGCGCUGUCGCAUAGUUAUGCACUCAAUCUCGCCGGUCUGGCCCUUGGAUGUGUCUUCUUCAUCCCGCUUGCACUGAUGUACGGCCGCAAACCUGUAUACGUGUUUACCUCCGUCGUCCUGACCGCGAUUGUCAUUGGGAUUGCCAACCAGAAGGCUAUCGGCGACCUAUACGCUCAACAGGUUCUCUCGGGCCUCGCAGGAGCCACGAGUGAGACCUUGAUCCAGCUGACGGUCGCAGAUAUGUUCUUUGUGCAUCAAAGAGGCACCAUGAACGGCAUCUACGCCGUCAUGGUUGUCACCGGCAAUUUUGUGGCACCGAUUUGCGCGGGCUUCAUCGUCCAAUCCCAAGGUUGGCGCUGGGUUUGCUGGUAUAAUGCCAUCUUCAUGGGGAUCGCAGCCUUGCUCUUCAUCUUCGUGUACGAGGACACAAAGUACAUCUCAUCGAGCCUGCGCAUUAUCGGCCAGUCGGCGACGAUACAGACCUCACAUCAGCAGGAGGAGCCAACACUUGGCGAGAAGGGGACCAACAUGACAACCAGCUCUAUCCACGGCAUAGAACGCGGUUCCAGCAACGAUGCUAGGGUCGACCCCCCUGAAAUACCUCGACAUGGCUACCUCCGACGCAUGAGAUUGUACACCAUGUCACCCGGCACAAACCCUCCCAUGUACUUAAAACACAUGGCACGGCCGUUCAUUCUCAUGGUUCGACUGCCUGCCCUGGCCUUUGUUGCUUUUCAGUACGGCAUUCUCCUAUGCUGGAUUGCCAUCUUGGCCACUACUCAAGCGACACUGUUUCUCUAUCCGCCCUAUAAUUUUGACUCCCGUGGCAUUGGACUCCUCAGUCUCGCUCCUUUCCUGGGAACCGCCCUCGGCUCGAUAUGGGGUGGUCCUCUGAACGACAGAUAUGCGUUGUGGGUGGCAAAGCGUCGGAAGGGGAUCCACGAACCUGAGGCGCGACUUCAUGGGUUGGUUCUUCCCCUGAUAACCACUCCAUCAGGUCUCUUGAUCUACGGUAUCAGUGUUGCGCACGGUACGCACUGGAUCGUCCCUUGUAUUGGGUCAUUCUGCGUUGGUGUUGGCAUAAACAGCUCCGCCGUCAUCCUGGUGACGUACUAUUCCGAUGCAUAUCGCGAGGUCGGUCGCUCCGUGUAUCGCUCCGUCCCUUCAACGUUGUGGUAA